AUGAGGAUUGGCUGUCUGCAAUUUGCUCCCCAGGUGGGCGAUGUCGACAAUAACCUCAACCGCGCCGACUCCGUCUUGAGUAAAGCGAACCCUGACGACCUUGAUCUUCUCGUACUGCCUGAGCUGGCUUUCUCAGGAUACAAUUUCAAGUCAUUGCAGCACAUCUCGCCCUUUCUCGAGCAUUCCGGCUCCGGUAUUACUUCUCUUUGGGCUCGAACUACGGCUCUGAAGUAUAACUGCAAUGUCGUUGUUGGUUAUCCGGAAAAGGUCGAUGUCUCCGACAACUGGCCUACCAGUCCAGAGUACUACAACUCAGCCAUUGUGGUCAACGGAGAUGGUGAGACGAUAGCCAACUACAGGAAAACAUUUCUUUACUACACGGAUGAAACAUGGGCUCUGGAGGGUCAGGGUUUCUUCGAUGGCUUUAUUCCUGGACUGGGAAACGCUUCGAUGGGUAUCUGUGAGUUAUCCAUGAAAAUCAAGGCCAACGUGUUUGUACUAAUUAUGGCAAAUUCAGGCAUGGAUUUGAAGUUUGAAGCCCCUUGGCAUGAGUUUGAAUUCGCCUUCCACGUACUUGAAUGCGAGUCGAACGUAGUGAUAUUGUCAAUGGCAUGGUUGACUCGUGAGGACGGUCGCAUGUUUAGCCGCAUGCCCAACGAACCCGAUAUGGACACAUUGACCUACUGGGUCACCCGCUUAGAACCUCUCAUCCGGUCAGAAAACGGCGACGAGGUCAUUGUUAUAUUCUGCAACAGAACCGGAAUCGAGGACGACGCUGUAUAUGCUGGCACGAGUGCUGUGAUUGGAAUUCAAGACGGUGAAGUCAAGAUCUACGGUUUACUCGGUCGGGGACAAAAGGAUCUGUUGGUCGUCGACACCAACAACCCGCCCUAUGCGAAACUUGUUCACCGCCCAGAACCCAACCAUCCAUCUGUUCUGCACGGCGAACUGCAGAAGAUGAACACAUCUCCAGCGUCUAGCACACCCACCGGGUCAGGAGGCUCUCAGUCAUCCCAGCCGGAUAGGUCACAGCAAAACAACACGGCGCAAUACGCCAGGGGAGCCACCUUCUUCUGCGGGUUCACUUAG